AUGUAUGAACCUAUUCCCAGUUCACAAGUUGCGUUAAGGGUAGCUGGCAGUUUGCAGAAUACAAGAAAGUUAAAACCCAACGAUAAAGCUGGAAAGGGAGAGACUUUAAGAAACCUUGGCAUUGCCUAUCAGAGCUUAGGCGAUUUUCAUAAGGCAAUCGAGUACCAUGAGCGUUACUUACAAAUUGCAAAAGAAGCGGGGGAUAAAGCUGGAGAAGGACAAGCUUAUGGAAUUCUUGGCAUUUUCUAUGAUAGCUUAGGCGAUUCUCACAAGGCCAUUAAGUACCAUAAGCGUCAUCUACAAAUUGAAAAAGAAGUCGGGGACAAAGCUGGAGAAGGAGGAGCUUAUGGAAAUCUUGGUAAUGCUUACCUGAGCUUAGGCGAAUUUCAUAGGGCAAUCGAGUGCCAUGAGCGUCUUCUACAAAUUUCAAAAGAAGUGGGGGAUAAAGCUGGAGAAGGAGGGGCUUAUGGAAAUUUUGGCUGUGCCUAUUUUAGCUUAGGCGAUUUUCACAAAGCAAUUGAGUGCCACGAGCGUCGUCUACAAAUUGCAAAGGAGGUGGGAGAAAAAGAUGGAGAAGGACGGGCAUAUGGUAAUCUUGGCAGUGCCUAUCAGUGCUUAGGCGAUUUUCAUAAGGCCAUUGAGUACCAUGAACGUCAUUUACAAAUUGCAAAAGAAGUUGGGGACAAAGCUAGAGAAGGAUGGGCUUAUGGAAGACUUGGCAUUGCCUAUGAUAGUUUAGGCGAUUUUUCUAAGGCACUAAGUUACCAUAAGCGUCAUCUACAAAUUGCAAAAGAAGUGGGGGAUAAAGCUGGAGAAGGAGCGGCUUAUGGAAAUCUUGGCAUUGCCUAUGAUAGCUUAGGCGAUUUUCAUAAGGCCAUCGAGCACCAUAAGCAUGACCUACAAAUUGCUAAAGAAGUGGGGGACAAAGCUGGAGAAGGACGGGCUUAUGGAAAUCUUGGCAAUGCCUAUCAGAGCUUAAGCGAUUUUCAUAAGGCAAUUGAGUACGAUGAGCAUUUCCUACAAAUAUCAAAAGAAUUGGGGGAUAAAGUUGGAGAAGGACGGGCUUAUGGAAUUCUUGGCAAUGCCUAUCAGAGCCUGAGCGAUUUUCAUAAGGCCAUCGAUUACCACAAGCGUGACCUGGAAAUUGCAAAAGAAGUGGGGGAUAAAGCUGGAGAAGGACGGGCUUAUGGAAAUCUUGGCAAUGCCUAUGAUAGCUUAGGUGAUUUUCAUAAGUCAAUUCAGUACCAUGAGCGUCACCUACAAAUUGCAAAAGAAGUGGGGAAUAAAGCUGGAGAAGGACGGGCUUAUGCAAAUCUUGGCAAUGCCUAUGACAGCUUAGGCGAUUUCCAUAAGGCAAUCGAGUACCAUGAGGUUGACCUCCAAAUUGCAAAAGAAGUGGGGGACAGAGCUGGAGAAGGAGGGGCAUAUGGAAAUCUUGGCAAUGUCUAUGAUAGCCUGGGCGAUUUUCGUAAGGCAAUCGAGUACCAUAUGCGUCGUUUACAAAUUGCAAAAGAAGUGGGGGAUAAAAGUGGAAAAGGACGAGCUUAUGGAAAUCUUGGCAAUGCCUAUCAGACCCUAGGCGAUUUUCAUAAGGCAAUCGAGUAUCAUGAGCGUCGUCUACAAAUUGCAAAAGAAGUGGGGGAUAAAGCUGGAGAACGAACUGCUUAUGGAAAUCUUGGCAAUGCCUUUGCGAGCUUAGGCGAUUUUCAUAAGGCGAUCCAGUACCAUGAGCGUCAUCUACAAAUUUCAAAAGAAGUGGGGGAUAAAGCUGGAGAAGGACGGGCUUAUGGAAAUCUUGGCAAUACAUAUUUUAUGCUUAAAAAUCUAAAUAAAGCAAUUUUAUACCUUGAGCGUAAUCUACAGACAGCGAAAGAAUUGGGAGACAAAUUUGGGAUUGCAACAUCUCUGUAUAAUCUUGGUAAAGUCUUUGAAGUUAGAGGAUCGUUUUCGCGUGCCCUUGAUUGCUUUAGUUCCAGUUGGUCGAGGCUGAAUGAAAUAAGGGAUCAUCUCCAGUUUAAAGAGAAAUGGAAAAUUAGCUACCGUGAGACAUAUAAUAUGGUAUACAAUAGUUUCUGGCGUCUCCAUUUAAGCCAAGGUGAAGUUAAUGAUGCCUUGCGUGUUGCUGAGGAUGGACGGGCACAGGCUCUCAAAGAUCUCAUAGAAGAAAAUUAUGGGUGUCAAGAGAAGUACUCCUGGUCUCAUUCUUCAUUUAAGUCAACUGGUUCCUCCCUUCGAUCUAUUCCUUCAACAACAGUUUUCAUAGCUCUCAAUAGGCAAGAAAUCAUAUUCUGGGUUAUAAGGAAAGAUGAAGAAGUCACCUUGAGGAGAAGAGAGGUAGGAGACUAUGUUUCAGAAGAAGACGUGAGAACUUUCCUUUCGACUCUAAACCGUACUGCCUUGGACGAAAUCGGUGUACCUACUGGUGUUAAAAUCGAAAAUCGCUCGCUUGAUGAGUCACGUGAGGUGGAGUGUACGACUGAAAGGGCCCCUGUCAGUGUUUCUCAGCCUCUUUCACCAAAGGAAAGCCUAAAGAGCUUUUUUGACCUUAUCUUCGCUCCUGUUGCUGACCUGGUUCAUGGAAAUGACCUCAUUCUCGUUCCAGAAGGUCCAUUAUGUUUGGUACCCUAUGCAGCACUGAUGACCCCAAAGCAGGAGUAUCUGUGUGAGUCUCUAAAGAUCAGAUUGAUUCCGUCCUUGACUACUUUGAAAUUAAUCACUGAUUGUCCAGCUGACUUCCACAGUAAGACAGGUGCCCUUCUCGUGGGAGAUCCGUACCUAGAGGAAGUUCUCUAUAAAGGGAGAAAGUUGUGCGAGCUGCCAUAUGCAAAGAAAGAAGUUGAGAUGAUUGGAAGAAUCCUAGGAACCGCUCCCCUCAUUGGAAAAAUGGCGACUAAAGGAGAAGUAUUAAAGCGACUGUCCACGGUUGCUUUAGUGCACAUCGCUGCACAUGGCAAAAUGGAUACAGGAGAAAUUAUUUUGGCCCCAAACCCUGCUGAGGAAUCCCAUCAUCCUGAGGAGAAAGACUUUUUGUUGACGAUGGCGGAUGUGUUGGAAGCUAAGUUGCGGGCAAGAUUGGUUGUGUUGAGUUGCUGUCAUAGUGCUCAUGGAGAAAUAAAGGCUGAGGGAGUGGUUGGUAUUUCUCGAGCAUUUUUAGGUGCUGGGGCUCGUUCCGUUUUGGUGUCCCUCUGGGGAAUUGAUGACGAAGCCACUUUCCGAUUCAUGAAACAUUUGUAUAAAGAACUAGUUAAAGGAAGGAGGGUCAGUGAAGCUCUUAACCAAGCCAUGAAAUGUAUGAGAGAGUCUGAAGAGUUCGGGGAAGUAAAGUACUGGGCACCAUUUGUUCUCAUUGGGGAUGAUGUCACUCUGGAGCUAAAUGGAACUGAUUCAGUCUAGUCACCGCUGAAUAUGGUCGCUGCCCGAAGAAGAUAAAUGAAAACUACAAUUGUCAUUGUCCGUCAGUUAAGAUUAACAUGGGAAUGGAUCUUGAUGUGAUAAACCCUUUCAGUGCCAUGGCCGGUACUAUUCUGUAUUUCAAACAGCAUGAAAUAAAUCAAAAUUUAGGAGUUUGGAAAUAAUCUGGCUCUCUUUGCAUAGCAAAAGAUCAAUGUCACUAGGAAAAUUUUUUUUUAUCUGCUCAUGUUUGACAAAUCGUAACAAACCAUAGUCACUGGUUGGAUUUUAUAUGUUGUAACUUAUCAAAUUUAGGAGUUUGGAAAUAAUCUGGCUCUAUUUGCAUAGCGAAAGAUGAAUGUUAGUUGGCAGAAUUUUUUUUUUGAUCCGCUUGCUCUUUGACAAAUCGUAACAAACCAUAGUCACUGGUUUGAUUUUAUAUGUUGUAACUUAUCAAAUUUGAUAAUCAACUUGAUAGCAUACAUACACAUGAUUUAACCGUAUAAAUAUAUUGGUUUUAAAUUUAAUAACAAGUAAGAGUUUAGGUUUCAAAAAUGUGGACACUACACAGGCAGCGGAGGGCCUAGCACCCUAACCC